AUGUCUGAAACACCAUCAUUUUCAUUUUCUUCUGAGGUCAGUGAUAGGCCAUCCCAAGGUAUAUCAGACAAGAACAAAUGGAUCACCACAAGGCAUCAUGGCUCUGGUUUUGUAAAUACUCCAUUACCCUAUAUUAACAAAAUUAUUCAUCACAUUCAGGAGUUAGAAUUGAAGAUUGAGAAUCACUUUCAACAGUAUGAUUAUGUGUUUAAGGAAGAGAAAACACCAUGUUACACUGGCUUUUCUUUAUAGGGUAAAAAACAGGCCAGUGCUGAGUCUACUGAAAAUAACUGGUUAUCAUUAUCCACCAAGUUGAAUUUUAAAGAAGCUGAUGUAUCUUGUGAAGAUGGCAAGGCAAUAACCCUGAAGAAGGAAAUAGAAGCUUUGCUAUUGGAUGUUACUCAGCUAAUUAAGCAACUGGAGACUGAUUAUGAGGAGGCAGAAAAAGCUUUGGAGUUGGAAAAACAGCUAGGGAAAAAGCUUAGCAUGAAAAUGGAUUGUUUGUCACUUUGAAGGCUUCAGCAGCUCCCUGCAGCCGUGCAAAAAGAAUAUGAUCUGUGUGCUCAAGAUAUCUUGGAGCUACAAUGGCAUCUCGAUUGUAAAAGACAUCAGUUGCAACAGAUACAAAACCAAAUACUUCCAAUAGAAACAGACAACAGAAAGAUUCAGGAGGAUAUAGACUUGAUGAAGAAACACAGCCAUCUGCUGGAAGAAAAGCUGAAUCUAGAGAGUGAAGCCGUGAAGGAUGUGUUACUGGUUUAUGAAGAGGCAUCAAAAUUAUAUAGUGAUGUUUGUUAUGAACUCACAGAAAUUCAAAAGACUAUGAAAGAAAUUGCUGAAGAAUCUGAAAAGAAGAUAAAAUCUAUGUCUGAGGAAACUAAAUGUGCUGAGAUGCUGUUGCACCAAUACAAGAAUGAGUUAAAGCAGUCUGAAUUUAUUUGGACUGAAUACUGUAUGAUUAAAGAAACAGAGGAGAAGAUUAUAAAGGAUGAAAAACACCUUGAGGAGUUAGUGAAGCAAAAAGCAGAAAUCCAGGAAGAUGCAGAAUAUUGGAACAGCAAAAUAGAAGAUUUGAAUAAUAAAAUGGCUGCCUAAGGAGAUGAAAGUGUAAAAAUAUCAGACACUUCUUCUGAAGUAGUUAAAGCUGUGGAAGAAUUAAAAUCCACUGAGAAAAGGGAACUACUGGAUAUAAAGCAAAAUGUUCUCAAUAUUAAUGAAGCAUUGGACAGUUUGAAAUGUGAAAAUGAAGAACUUGAGAGAGAAAAUAAAGAGUUAUCACAAAUAAUUGGAAAUAGUUCAACAAGAAAGAAAGAAUAUGAGUCAGAAAUCGAAACUAUCUGCAAAAAUAAGACUGAACAGCAACUAGAAAGACUAAAUGAAGAUGUCUGUAAUGCUGAAUUGUCCUACAGUGAAACAAAAAAAAAGUAUGAGGAACUAAAAAAAAAAAUUGCAGAAGAAAUCUCUUUCAAGAAUUCAGAGUUGGAUCUUAAAGAAAUUCAAUCUCAAAAAGGCAUGUGGAAAGCAAUCCAGGACAGGAUUAAAUCAGUAUAUGAUGAGCUAGAGGAAAAGCAAAAAGAGAAACUCAAGAAAAUAAAGGAAGAUAUGAACAAGAUAGAAGAGAUUGAUGGUCAAGUAGCUGCUGUAGAAGAAAAACUGAAAAGGAAAAAAGAUAUAUCUAAAGACAAGCAUGAGAAGCUCUCCUAUUUGAAUCAGAGAAUACAAGAGCUAGAUAAGCAGCAGGAGCAAACUGAAAAACAACUGAAAGAAAAAAGAACUAUUAUGCAGCAACAAUUAAAUGAUACAGAGGAAAAACUUUAAUUCGUAUCCAGUCAGAUUGCUGAAAAUUCUCACACUGUGGAAAAUUUAAAACAUGAAAUUAAAGAAAUACAUGAGUUAUGUGACAUGAAAGAAAUACAGAUAGAAAAGAUAGAACAACAUUUUGCUGAUUUGCAGCAAAUAUCAAGUGGUGUGGUGAUUAAGGAACAAAAUGUUCAGAUGGUGUUUAAUCAUCUUAGAGAUAAGCUAGCAGAAUGUGAGAAAAAGUUAAAUCAGGAAGAAAAAACAUAUGGAGAAUUACUACAUAUUAGAAAGAAAAAACUGGAAGAUUCAGAAGCUGCUCUGGAGAAAAUCAUGAAAGAAAACCUGUUGUUAGCUCAAGAAUAUCAAAUCAUUCAGAACUACUACUUAAAAGGUAAAGAAGACCUCACAGAAAUCUAUGCCAAUAGAAUCAGGGUGGAAAAUGCCGUGAAACAUCAUCAGCAGCUUUGGGCACUGCAGAAGCGGCUGCGUGGGGUGCUGGCAGCACAGCGGAGGCAGCAUGGCCUCUCCAACCAGGCUGGGCUGGCGAGGAUCCAGGCAGCCUCUCAGGAGAACGCUCAGAAAAUAUUAGCUGUGCAGGGGGAGUUGUCAAAAGCAAUCCAGCACACCACCGGUUUCUUGCACUCUUUGACAGAUGGCUCACUGGCUACAGACAACGAUGCAAACAACCAGUGUAUCCUGGAUGCUGAAAUAAAAGACAAGAAAAGUCACACAGUUCAGAUAACAGUGUAAUUGGACAUUCACCUGUUUGCCAUUUCACACUUCCAUGGACGAAAAACUCACUCACCUCCCAGCAUGCCUUGCCAUUCUUUUACUUACAGCAAAUCCAUAACAAUGAAACAGGUGACUUUCAUGCUGCUGUCAGGAACGAUCUAAUUUCAGCUCUGGGUGACUGAUUGCAAUUGGCUUUGCCUCAUCUGAUAAUUAAUCUAUGUCACCAUUAAUUGGAAGAGAGAAUAAUUACUGGCGGUGUUGACAGUGACUGUGCGCUUCCCCAGAUUUCCCCACUGUGUUGGCCCAAAUAAAGGCUUUGCAAUUCGGUACUUAAAGUUUAUGUAAACUGGAACAAUACCUAUGCCCAUGUGACGCUUGCAGACACUCUGUCUAAUAUACUUUUGUUUUUG